AUGAGAGAAGUUGUAACGCUGCAAUUUGGUCAUUAUUCAAACUUUAUUGGCUCACACUAUUGGAACACACAAAAGAAUGUAUUGGAAGGAUACAAGCCAUUGAUGAAUAAUUAUCACAUUCCAAAUUUUCGUCCUGAAGUGGAAACAAGUGUCUUAUUCCGAGAGACUAGAGGUGGUUAUUCGAUUCAUUCAGAAGAUGAAGCACUAGAAUAUUUUCCUAGAUUGUUAGUUUUUGAUUUGAAGGGAUCAAGAGGAUCUUUGAGAAAGAAUAAUGCUGAUCCUUAUCAAUCAGUUGAUCAAGAAUUUAUCAAUCAACAUAAGAAUAUUACUCGUUGGGAUAAAUUGGAAGUGAUGAAGACUUUUGAAAAUACUAAACAAACUAAAUUUACAAAACAACAAUUAAGCAAGAAUGAAAAUACACGUGAAUUGGUAUUGAGUGACGAUGAAAGUGAAGUCAGUCAAUCACAAGAACCACAACAAAAGAAACAAAAGAAGGAAUAUAGUAGAAUAGAUAUUGAACAGGAUUUGGAGGAAAAUGUCUCGUUAUGGAGUGAUUAUCUUCAAGUGGAUUUUCAUGACAAGACUAUUUGUGAACCUCUCCAGUUCCAAUUUGAAGCAGAAAGUUUCAACGCUCUUAAUUAUGAAUCCUCUGAAGGAUUUUCCAUGAAUAGUGCCUUUGAUGUUUAUUCUACAGGAAGAGAAGUUUUACAUGGUAAUUUUAGUUUGGAUCAAUACGAUGAUUUUUCUUCUCAAUUAAUGUACUUUGUUGAGGAAUGUGAUAGCUUGGAUGGUUUCCAAAUUUUCACAGAUUCUUUCAAUGCUUGGGGAUUGACCUGUACUGAAUUUAUUGAAAUGAUCAAAGAUGAAGUUGGAACCAAAGUGCCAAUUAUUGCCUAUGCAUCAUCUCCAUAUAUUCCAUCUUUUGCUAGUGACACUGAUAGAUCCAAGUUUAUUUUGAAUACUUGUCUCACUUAUUGUGACCUCUAUGAAAAUGCAAGCUUGUUUAUUCCAAACAAUGCUCAACAAUUAGAAUCUAUGGCUUCUAGUCCAUUCUUCUCUGGAUUUGAUCCAAGAAAAAUGUAUCACUCUGCUUCAGUUAUGGCUGCUGCUUUUGAUUCCGUCUCUCUUUCCUAUCGUCUCAAUGGCCAAGGUAAUAAGCAAAUUGGCAUGCACACAUUCGCACAAGAAAUGACUCCUCUUUCCUCACUUAAAAUUGCCAAUAUUAAUUUGGCAUUCCCAUAUGCUUACACAAUGGGAUCAUCUCUAUAUCAAAAUUUGAGAGGUCUCAAUCCAAUUCAUCAAAAUAAUCUCUUCACACCACUCCUCUCUAAUAUUGCCUCUGGAUAUGACAGUGAAUCUCCAUUUGCUCACUCUCUCAUUCUCAGAGGUUUGAAUCCAGUUAGUGUUCCACUCUAUCACGAUUCCGAUCUCAAGGAAUUGGAUCAAUUACGUAUGAAGAAAUACGGAGGUGAAGAAUUGGAAAAGUACAGACACCUCAUUGGAUGCAAUUCUCAUAGUGAAAUGAUUGAAAAUUAUAUGGGACAAACAAGAAGUUACUCCAAACAUGCCUUCCAUGUAAAUCAAGCAUUCCAAACACCAUAUACCUUCCCAAGAAUCCUCAAUAAUGAAACACUUUCAGAUAAGGGCUUUUUGAGAGAGGCAGGCGCAAAUGCAGCAGAACGUGUUGAAAGUUGUCCACUUGGAGCUUACUUGUCGAAUAGUAGAAACUUUGUCCAACACAUCAAGGAACUCAAUGAAUACUUUGACAUGCUCAACGGAGGUACUUCUGCUCUAUUUUCUGGUGGAUUGACUGGUGCCACAACUUUCAGAUACAAAAUUUCCAAAGAUGAAAUGAAAGAAUACAAGGAAGUCAUGGGCAGAAUGUUUGAUAAUUAUGAAGAAUCAUAA